AUGCAUGCGCAAACAGACGUGGAGGCGUCGGAUUCCAAGCGACAGAGAGAGAGAGAGGGUUCUCGACUCGACUGGCCUCUCUACGUUCCAGACGUUUCUGGUGUUGCUACGAAUUCCGCCGCUCGCGAACAAGCUCGACUGUUUUUCCGAGAGCUGCACUCGACCCUCGUCCAGGUAUCGUCCCAUGCGCGCCUCGGAGCUGACCACGACAAUUGUGUCGAUCUCGAGCUGAUUCGACGGCGAAGGAAUGGCUCAUCGAACGUCUGUCGUUCAGCGAGCCGUGUUGGACCACGUUUAUGCGAUUUGCCACUCGCUGUCAUGGGCAACGAUGAAAGUGACGGGUGCGGAAUCCGUAAAGCUGCCUCGUGGUCGGCGCACCUCCGUCACCUAGGCCGGCGGAGCAACUCUGAGGGAACCUUUCUGGUCAAAGCUCUCGACAGCAUUUGGCAGCUCCGAAAAGCUACGAUGUAA